AUGGGUAACGGCAAACCCAAACGUCUAUCCUGCAUCCUGCCCGACGUUGAUGACGAAGACAUCACAGAUACGGAGAACCUCAUGGAUAAUAACAUAACCCAACGCAUCCUUAGCGAUAUACGGCGAGAGGUACGGGACAUAAUUAAAGAAGAACUGCAAAGUACCCUACAGUUCUACUCGGACAAAAUCGAUGAGUACGAAUUAAAGAUAAAUGGAUUUGAAAAUAAAAUAAAAUUAUUCGAUAACCAGAACAUGGAGCUAAAACAUAAAUAUAAAAACCUCGAACUUAAAUACGAGGUAGUGGAACAAAAACUUAACGCAUUUGAACAAAGCCAACUAGCCAACAAUAUUGAUAUUUGUGGUGUUGAGGAAACAGAGGAUGUGGAUGGCAUGGUGAAGAACUUAUGUAUUAAACUGAAUUUAAAAGCGGAGGAUGUCGUCUGCACAUAUCGCAAGAAAAGUAACCGACCUGAAGCCAAACAAGGGAAACUCCCCCCACCAAUUGUCGUGACCCUUAAGGAAGGCCGUCGGGAUUCAUGGCUGCAAGUCGCUAAGACUCACACCAUCUCUGGAAAGGAUUUAGGUAGCGGUGAGGAUACUAAAAUAUAUCUAAGAGAAAGUCUAUCACCCACCACGGCCUACCUACUUUGGGCAACUAAGAAUGCUCUAAAAACAACAAACAUAUGUAAAUUCGUUUGGUGUAAAAAUGGUCAAAUUUUAGUCAAAAGGCACGAAAAGGGGAAAACAUAUAACAUUCGAUCGGAGAAGGACAUACAUAAACUUGUCUCCGAUUUUAAAAAUAAUCAAGAAACUUGA